GUUGAGCACUGGCAACCGUAGGGGAUACGAGCAACGGACAGAUACGGGAGAACAGUGGCCGCUAGUAGGACCGUUUUAUCCCCAAUGACUUAAUCACAUGAGAGGGUAAAGAAGCGUUUUUAUCACCAUGAAAUUGGAUUUUCUGAGGAGGUAGCUGAUAUCGAGGCUCCUUGCAGGCUGCUGACAGGGAGAAAUGCAGAGACGAGGUUAGACCUUGAAGAUCAACAUGUACUUUGCACUGCUCACUAACAAAAAGAAGCUCUUGUAGCUGGAGGAAGAUUGCCUGCCUUAACUUUUCCUCCUCCUCCUCUACUUCUUCCCGGGGCCAAUGACUGGACCCAACUCGCCAAGCCGGACGGGCACCUCUACAGCCAAGCUGAGCAGGCAUGGCCGGUCCAAGAGCACCAGCUCGCACUGUCUCCUCCGCUGCAGCACCCAGGAGUCCUCCUCUUUGUCUCCCCCAAAGAACAGUUCGAGAUCCCCCGAGGAGGAAGAGGAGAAGGAUGGAGGGGUUCUUUUCUACGUUAAUCGAUCUGGUUUUCCUAUCGAGAGUGUCACCUGGGAGAGGAUGUGGUCCCAUGUGGCGGCCGUGCACCCUGACGGACAGGAGAUGGUGGACAGGAUACAAAAUGCUACAUACCUUCCCAAGCAUCCAAUUCCCUCAAUUCCAACUUUCAAGCCGUCCAUGUCUGUCCCAGACUGGCUGUUGGCCGUCCAGAACUUCAUGAAGGCUCUGCAAUAUAACCACACAGGAACUCAGUUCUUUGAAAUCAAGAAGAGCCGUCCACUGUGUGGGUGUAUUGCUUCCAACCCUUCCCUUUCCCUCCUCUUCCUCGUCUCAUCAUCUUCCUCCCCAUUCAGAUUAAUGGAGACAGCAAGAGAGAUGAUCAGGGAGUCUUUACCAAUCAAAUGCCUCGAGGCCGUCAUCUUGGGAAUCUACCUGACCAAUGGGCUGACAUCUCUCGAGCGUUUCCCCAUCAGCUUUAAGACCCAGUUUUCGGGUCACUGCUUUCACCAUGUUGUGCUGGGCGUCUAUUGCAAUGGCCGGUAUGGGUCGCUAGGUAUGAGCCGCCGCCAGGACCUGAUGGACAAACCACUCACCCAUCGGACUCUCGGAGAACUGGUGGCUGAAUUUGAAAACUCCUACAAGAGAUACCAGCACACACUAAAGAAGGUGAAGAUUGGUUUGUACGUGCCUCACGACCCACAUGUCUUCCAGCCAAUUGAAUGGAAGCAUUUGGUGCUGAACCUGGCCUGUUUGGGAGCUCAGGAGAUGAAAAAAGAGCUAGAGAAACAUGGGCGGGACAUGAGGAUGAAGAUCCUAAAAUCAUCCAGUGCCCAGUCACCGAUCAAAGAGCGAAGCCGAGGGAAGUCCUUAUCGCCGCGGCGUCGACAGAGCAGCCCCCAGCGACGCUUCAUGCACCACAGAGACAAAUCUUUCCACUGGUUAAGCAGCUGAUGACAUCCUUAAAAU